GUAGCUAGGGUUUGAGUACCUUUAAGUAAUGUUGGGUGUUUUAUCUAUGAUGAAAACAGUUUGAUAUUUCCCUAUAGUGUUUGGUGUGUUAAAGGUGUGUUGUAAGAACAGUUCGAACUAUGUCAGACUGUUUCAAGCUCCCCCUUUUUCUGGUCUUGGAACUCUUUUCUGUCGAUUUGGUUUCAGUGGACCCAUUUGAAGAUUGGCGCUUUGUGUUUUGGCUAAUCUGGAUCCUCUAGGUGACUGUGGGUGCUGAUGAAGCCACAGUUCAUAGAAGUCUUUCACAGAGUUCUUGAUGUCUGUAUAUAACUCAUCAUGAGCUGCUGUAUGACUGAGUUUCUGUCAUAUUGAAUUAGGAUAUGGUUGAGGUUGAGGCUAAUGGCUGAGUUUUCGGUCCAUAAGCCAGUGCUGUGUCGGUCACUGUUGAACCUGGCACCUGUAUUCUUGUCAUUGGUCAUGACAGGAGUAGUAUGAAAUGUAUUUAUGGUCGGCAUUGGGUGGAUUCUGCUUGAAGGAUGCUGUGAGUAGCUUCAGCAGUUCUGAUGAGUUUUCUGCAGGUGGCUUAUCUGGUUCGUGUGCAGGCUUAGUUCUGUGUUCAUGUGCAGGCUCAGUUCUGUGUCUGUCUCCACAGUGUUGCAAUGGCUUUUGUCGUCGGUUGCCUUUAAGUGUCCAUCUGGGUUCCCAUGUCAUCCUUUCUUUUGGAUUGCUGAAGGGGUGUGGUUUGUUCCACAGUUUCUCCCAGUGGUUGGACAUGCAUAUGGGUCUGGCACUAAUGUGGGGGUCAUGCUCUUGAAUGCCAUGUUGUUUACUCUGCUCUAUGCUUAAGAACCUGGCUUUGCUGUGAUGCCACAUAUCUUCUGAUGCCAGCCCUUGGUUUUGAGAGGUAAGGCUUGAGACUGACAAUGCCUUGUGGGCCUUUCUCGAGGCAGUUCUCGAGAGGAUAAGCAAUCUAUCUACAGGAGUCUGCUGUUGCGUGUGUGUUUAUUUCAUUGUUUUACUUUGUUGAAGAGUGGUAUUCAUUGCUAGACUUGUGCUGUUUGUUUACUGUCUUGAACUCGCGUCGCUUAUACGAAGGUUGGUGUGUGUGUGUGUGCUAUAUUGUUUUGACCUGUUCCAGGUUAUUCACUGCUAGAUUUAGUGUUGAUUGUCCAAUGUGUGUGUAAAACUAUCGUGGUUUUUAGUGUUUAUAAACAGUGCUUCACUUGUUUUAGGGUAUUAUUUAUUGCUAAAGUGCAGCAUAAUUUAUUUGCGGUGUACGGAAGUCGCACUUGUCACCUCGUGCGACCCUUAGUUUCUGUUGACCACGUGACUAGCUUUGUUGUGCUAAGUAGCAUUAAGGCGUGUCCUGCUUUUUUCAUUGAAUGGCUCAUUAUCAUCGCGUAUAUAUUUGACUUGAAUGCUGACGCGGAAGCGGCAGCGGAAGUGGUAGCCCUCGUGUAAAGCCCUCCUCAUGUGAAGACCUACUUGUGUAAAGACCAGCGAGUCUACCUGUGCGAGUCCACCGAGCAUGGACACCGACAAGGCACCACUCAACAUAGCACUUAAGUAUCUUGUUAUUGUAUCUCUUAUUAUUUUCCUUCUAUAUACUAACAUGUCUACUUCACGAAUAACACAUGCCUUCAAGCAUAUCCCUGUUAUCUGUUACAGACCGUUUACACGAUAUCGAUGCAAGACCAAACGCAACCCACACAACCUACGGCCACUUUGCACUUCAGCACCUGCUCCGCUCUCUUUCUCAGUGGGACUCUGGAACUGCCAGUCAGCUGUGAACAAAGCUGACUUCAUUCCAGCCUUUGCCACGCAGUCCACCCUCAGCAUCCUGGCACUGACAGAAACAUGGAUACGUCCAGAGGAUACAGCAACACCUGGUGCUCUCUCCAACAACUUCUCCUUCUCUCACACCCCUCGACACACCGGUAGGGGCGGGGCAACAGGUUUGCUCAUUCAUAACAACUGGACUUUUUCAACACACUCUUCACUAUGUAACAAUACUAGUUUUGAAUUCCAUGCUAUUACUACAAUGCAACCCAUAAAAAUACAUGUUGUUGUCAUCUAUCGCCCUCCAGGUCAGCUGACAAACUUUCUUGAGGAGUUGGAUGUCCUGCUGUCCUCCUUGCCGGAGGAUGGUAGGCCACUUGUGGUUCUUGGUGAUUUCAACAUACACCAAGACAAGCCCCAGGCCACUGAAUUGAAUACUCUCCUGGCCUCAUUUGACUUGGAAAAACUACACACCACAGCAACUCACAGAUCGGGCAACCAGCUGGACCUCAUCUUUACACGCCAGCACAUGCUACACCACCCAGCCCCUGGUUGUCUGACGUCCUUCAUGAACAUCAGACCGACCUCAGGGGCGGUAAACAGUUCUUGCUCAGACUCUGGGUCAGAAAAUUCUUUAAUCAGGGCCUCUCUCAGACAUUGGUAA